AUGGUGGGGGUCAGACUCAGAGUCGCUCUCUUGCUCCUCCUGCUGGCUGUGAGGUGCAUAGCACAUGAAGAAUUCAAGAAGAACGGAUGUGUUUGUGGACACCCAGGAAUACCAGGAGACCCAAGCCACAACGGAAUGCCAGGCCGAGAUGGACGAGACGGGUUCAGAGGUGACAAGGGAGACCGAGGUAAGACUAAGGCACAACCUCCUCAGUUAGCUAGGUCUCAAUAGAAACCAGCCUUUCUGGUCCCAUGCUGACACAUUUUUUAAAGUUCUUGGUCAUUUUAUUAAUUAAAGGGGAAAUUGGCGUCACUGGACCAACAGGACAGAGUGGCCCCAUAGGAGACAAAGGAGAUCUGGGUAAGACUGUAUUUUAUAAGGAAAAAUACUUUGUACGGUUAUCACCACUGGCUUUCUCUGACAAGCAAUAUUAACAUAAUUCCUUUAUCCUUGUAUCUGCAGGUACGGCUGGCCUGGCAGGAAUUAAGGGAAAAUGGGGUGAGAAUGGAGAGAAGGGGCCACCGGGGAAGAUGGGGCCCCAAGGAGUCUCAGGGCCCAUGGGCCUCAAGGGCCAGAAGGGGGAGCUCGGGUUACCAGGACCCCAGGGGCCAAAAGGGGAUUUGGGGCCUCUGGGACCUGAAGGGCAGAAGGGGGAGAUCGGGUUCCAGGGGGUGCGAGGCAUCCAGGGGCCCUUGGGACCCCCAGGACGACCAGGUCCGAAGGGAGACCUCGGCCCCCCAGGGUUCAAAGGCAACAUUGGUUACCACGGAGAGCAAGGGAACCGGGGCGAGACAGGGGACAAGGGGGAGAAGGGGGACACAUUAUUCAUCCCAAAAAGUGCGUUCUCAGUGGGUUUAACCGAAUACACCAAACUCCCACCGGCUAACGUGCCGAUCAGGUUCGACAAGGUGAUCUACAACAGGCAGGACCGUUACGACCCACAGACCGGACGGUUCACCUGCGCUGUGGCUGGGGCCUACUACUUCACCUACCACAUCACUGUGUUCUCCCGUAAUGUUAAAGUAGCAUUAGUGAGAAACGGGGUGAAGGUGAUCCACACCAUGGAUAACUACCAGAGCAGUGAGGACCAGGCAGCAGGCGGGGCUGUCCUGCACCUGGAGAAGGGGGACAAAGUGUGGCUGCAGGUGGAUGGAGGAGAGCUCUUGAACGGGCUGUUUGCUGAUGAAGAUGAUGAUACAACCUUCUCUGGGUUCCUGCUCUUUGGUGCAGAUUAG